AUGUACAUACUCAUCGUCCAUCGGCUGAUGCGGGGGAAACCCGCUGGUGAUCAGCCUGCUGGAUACUCGGGACCUACAAGCUACUCAGCAAUAUUUAGAGAGAAUAAGCUUGGUGAGACUCAAGAGGAUUUUUCUUCUCAAGCAAACGCUGUCUUGCAGAAGUAUGAUAUCGCUAAGCCGGUGGCUUCCGAACGUGGGAAGUGUAAUCUUGAGAAUCAACACCAUAUCGACCAGGGGAUUAGGAUACUGCGUAGGUAUCCAGACCGAAUCAUCUGCGAUCGACUACUUGGUCGUUACUUCGUUGUGGCUGAUGUGAUGCUCCCUGAACCUACCAUUCGCUACUGUCAUGAAUCGAUCUGGUCAACGUAUGGAAGCUACUUGCGAGAGCCCAGGACCAACGAGCGUCUCUCGAUUAUGUCUAGAGAACUCUGCAAAAACGCCAUGAACCCUCUACCUGCCUCAUCUAGCACGAAGGAAUGGACCGAAUCAUUUUCAGGUCACAAAAUGCGGUGGGAAAUUGUUGGUAACUUGUUCACCAUCUUCGGGCUUUCCGUUAUGACAGUGGCAGACUGGGAUGCUCUGUUUGCAUGUGACAAAGAAGGAGACGAGUGUAACAAGAGACAAUCUGGAGAGAAUUCAAGAGAGUGUGCCGAAGAUUGUUUGGCUCUGUGCAAUGAUGUUGAUUCUGUCAACGAUUUCGUGUCAGCUCUAAUGUCCGCGGCAUAUGCGCUGCAGAGCUUUUACGAAGGAGACACCAGCCAGCAACUCUGGAGAAGACAUGGAGGCUUAGCUAGUGCAGUAACAGCGCUCGGCUUACAUCGUGAAGCCGACUUGGCAUAUUCCUCAACUACCAACAUAUCUCCUUCUUUCAUGGUGUCAGAGUUUCGAAGACCCUUUUCUGCUAUGUAUUCAUUACUGACAAACAGCUGGCAAUAUACCACUAGAUCUGAGCGACGACGAGACUAUGGCGGAAGGCGAGGAAUUGGAAACCAUCAAGAAGACGAGAUUCUUGAAAUAUCUCUAGGACCUCCUUUGGGUGCUCAUGAGACCCAAAUGCGCCGCAAAGAGUUGAAGCGCCGCUGCGAGGAAAGAUACGCUCAGAUGCCUCACGAGUUGCGAUGGCAGCCUGAUGAUAACGAACGCCAUCGCUCAAAGUCAGCCCUUCAAUUCAGUCUGCAAAUGGCACUCUAUCAAGAAUAUAACUUGAACAAGUUUCUGAUUGACCGCUUGCCUGAUGAGGGAGCUUUUAACGUUAAACAAGAUCUCGUGGAUACCGCAAGAAAGAUGCUUGACGGAAUCCUUGUACUGUGUGCCAACAGGGAUAAGCUUACGAACUAUGCCAUAGGAUUUGUCUGUUUGAUCGUCUACCAUGGUACUCCAUCAGCCGCGAUACUAAGCGUUGAGCUAUUGAAGCAGUCUAAAUUCCCUCAGGAUUUGCGAGUAUCUCUGCCACGCUCAGAGAUCAUCCAGAACCUGAGUAUCUUCAUUGGCGCUUUAGAGUGGGUACGCCCUUCGGAAGGCAACUACAUGCUCUGUAUUCGCAUGCGUAAAGUCAUCAAGCGAAUCUUGGAUCAGGUCCUGGAUAUGCCUCCACCAAACUCGUGUAAUCCAGAUAAAAACGCUUUCCAUGACCCUGCACCGCCUGAUCUUGCUAUAUCUUCGAUCUUGGGUCCACAAGACGAGCCCGACUUCCUGGAAUGGCUCAAUUCAGUGGACUGGACGAGGGACAUGCUUCAAGAUGCAAGGACAUGA